AUGGCACCGCCUGCGAAGCGUCGCAAGCGGAACAUUGUCGCGGCCGAUGAGGAUGACGAGGAUGAGAAGCCGCAAACCAACAGGAACAGCCUGAAGAACUUCCUGUUCUCCUCCCCCGAUUCGAAAGCCGGGGCAAAUAGAGCGCCGUCUGCAUCGCCAAGCCCCGUGAAGAAACCCGUUCGACCAUCCGUGCUGGCCCAGUCUUCCUCGAAUGGCUCAUCCAACUCUCUUGCCAACCUGGCACGCCAGGCCAAAGCUACCACCAAGAGUCCUAGCACAAGCCCCGAGAAGAAGGUCAAAACGCAGAAGAAGUUCUCUGAUGAGAAGGGGAAAUCUGCUGAUCUCCUCACCUUAUUCUCCAAGCAAGCCCAGCGCGUUCAGACCGAUGGACCGUCUAGCGGCACUAGAAAGGUUGAUACGUGCCCAUUGGACGAUAUUAUCAGCGAUCCCAUAUCCGAAGAUGACGAUAUUGGUGUCCGAAAUGUCACUGCGUCGAGUCUUGUAGGCAAAAACGCGAAGAAACGAUUCAGGGAAAGCUCGCAACCUGCGGCUUCGAGUAGUGCAGGUGCGAGCCAGAGAUUCCUACGGCCGCCCAAACCUACUGGGCCUUCCGCUGCCAUUGACGACGAUCAGCGCCCGUGGUCAGAACGGUUCGGGCCGGCCAAUCUCGACGAGCUGGCAGUACACAAGAAGAAGGUGGCUGACGUGCGGAAAUGGUUAGAGGAUGUCACGAAUGGACAGUUACGACAGCGUCUACUGAUAUUGAAGGGUGCUGCCGGCACUGGCAAGACAGCAACUAUGCAAUUGCUCGCCAAGGAUAUGGGCUGUGAAAUUUUGGAAUGGAGGAACCCUACCGGAUCACUGGGUGCCACACAAGGAUACUCAUCGGCGUCAGCACAAUUCGAGGAGUUCAUGGGAAGGGGAGGGAAAUUUGGUCAGCUUGAUUUCGAGGAUGAUUCGGCACCGGCGAAUACGAAACACCAUGGAGCUACGGACAGUGGUUCCACAGAAGACGACAAACGGAGGAUCAUCCUCAUCGAGGAGUUCCCCAACACGUUCAUGCGCUCAGGAAGCGCGUUGACUGCGUUCAGAAAAUCAAUAUUGCACUUUCUAGCAACGAACACUCCUGCUCUAGCGACUUUUGGAAGGCAGGGGCUCGACGAACCCAUUAUACCCAUCGUAAUGAUAAUAUCUGAGACACUAUUAACAACGACCUCUGCAUCUGCGGACAGCUUUACGGCGCAUCGACUCCUUGGCCCUGAAAUUCUGAAGCAUCCCGGAACCGGCGUGAUAGAAUUCAACAACAUUGCUCCAACUUUACUCGCCAAGGCGUUAGAACUAGUAGUCUUGAAGGAAGCGAGAAAGUCCGGUCGUCGUCGGACUCCAGGGCCACAAGUUCUGAGACGGCUAGGAGAGAUCGGCGACAUUAGAAAUGCUAUAUCUUCGCUGGAAUUUCUCUGUCUCAAGGGGGACGAUGAUGCAGAUUGGGGCUCCAAGGUCACAUUCACCAAAGGGAAGAAAGCCUCCAAGGACCAAGCCCUGACCAAGGGUGAGGCAGAAAGCCUUGAAUUGAUCUCACAGAGAGAGGCAAGCUUGGGUAUCUUUCAUGCCGUUGGUAAAGUCGUCUACAACAAGCGGGAUGAGACACCAUUUCCAAGAGGCUCUGAGGAAGCUGAGGCUGAGGUGCUACCGGAUUAUCUUGCCCAUUAUGCACGGCCCAAAAGAUCACAGGUAUCCGUCGAUACCCUCAUUGAUGAGACAGGCACAGACACCGCGACUUUUAUUUCUGCUCUGCACGAGAACUACAUCCUGUCUUGUGAGCCAAGCGGGCGCUCAGAUCCACAAUCAUCCGUCGAUUACAUCAAUGACUGUAUUGAAUACUUAUCAGAGAGCGACCUGUUGAAUCCGUCUUGGGACAUAUUCUUCGGUGGCAAGGGCUUCGGUAGCGGCUUUGGAAAUAGGGACCAGGGAAGUCAUAUCUUAAGGCAAGAUGAGAUGGCUUUUCAAGUCGCGGUUCGCGGUCUGCUGUUUUCUCUACCGUCACCCGUGAAACGUAUGACUCUAGGUUCUGGAGGCGGCAAGGGAGGAGACUCAUUCAAGAUGUUCUACCCUACGAGCAUCAAAUUAUGGAGAGCUAAGGAGGAAUUGGAGGGUCUAGUCGAUGUAUGGGCAGCGAAGAUGUUGAAGGGAGAGGAUUUGCCCAUCACCCCUCUCCAGUCCACGACCAGCCUCACGCAAGGGGCAUCCGCGUUCCGCAAGAACAAAGGCAGCAGUGUCGGCGACUGGGCAGCAAAUAAGACCGAACUCAACUAUGUCCGUAAACCACCACCAAAACCGGAGGCUCAGGAGGAAGAAGAGAGUGCCCCGUUGCUCUCCUUGGGCAAUUCGGCUCGAAAGGAGAUGAUCCUUGAGCGACUGCCCUAUAUGGCGCAUAUUUCACGGCGUCGAAAAGGCUCGUUCAUGUCCAUGGGCACGCGUGAUCUUGAGAAGAUAGUGUCUUUCCAAGGAAUCGGCGGUCCACAGACCGAAGAGUCAUCCGACGAAGCAGACGAAGGACAAGACGCGAAUGGCGAAGCUUGGGCGACAGAUAAACCUACGGAUGAGUCGAGUCCUCGGAAGAAGAGGGCCGCCAUUCGUAGCCGGGCUGAUCAGAGCGAGGGUUCUCUGGUUGGUGAUUUGCAUGUACACAAACUCGUCCUCAGUGACGACGAUAUAGAAGACGAUUGA